CAGUCGUGAAGGGGUCUGUGCUGCUCUCCUCGCUCCCCCUGCAGGUCGCUGGAGCUCUCUGCUUACCAAAGCGCACUGAGUUCCGCUCACUCCGGCCAAUCACUGGUCCCGCUGUUCAGCACCAUUGCAGUGUGGGGAGAUCAUACGGAGGUGCAGCUCGCUGAGAGAGGGACCAUUCGGAGGAAAGAUACUCGACCAGGGUGACCGCUCUGGAAGAAUACUUCUCUCCUCCCCAGAGAAAGUCACCGCGUGUCAUUGCCAUAACCAGCCUCAGUGAAGGUGACCCUCAGUGAUUGACAGAUGUGUGACACUGUGGAGAACCAUUCGCCUCUCCCAGUGGAGAUCUGAGUUCUGGGACACUGAGGCAGCUGAGGGGGGGUCUCUGAAGAAGAUGCUGGGUUCAGAGCGCAGUGUUGUCGAAGAAUGGCUCUCAGAAUUCAAGUCCUUACCGGAAACCCACAUCCACAGCUACGCUGGCAGCCUUCACCUGAAGAAGACCCUGGUGCCAGCACUUUACAGAGUCAUCCAGGACCCCAACAAUGAGCUACUGGAGCCUGUGUGCCACCAGCUGUUCGAGCUGUACAGGAGCUCUGAAGACCGCCUGCGCCGCUUCACCCUGCAGUUCCUGCCUGAGCUGGUGUGGGUAUAUCUGCGUGUCACGGCCAGCAGGGAUCGCCAGAGUAACGGGUGCAUUGAGGCACUCCUACUGGGCAUGUAUAACCUGGAGAUUGUGGACAAGGAUGGCAACAGCAAGCUCCUCUCCUUCACAAUCCCAUCUCUGUCCAAACCAUCGAUAUAUCAUGAGCCUUCGAGUCUGGGAUCCAUGGCAUUGACAGAGGGAGCUCUCAGUCAACAUGACCUGAUCAGAGUGGUGUACAGCGGCCUCCACCCUCAGAGGGAGACCUUCACGGCUCAGAACAGGUUCGAGGUGCUGUGUUUCCUCAUGCUCUGUUACAAUUCCGCCGUGGUCUACAUGCCGCUAUCCUCCUACCAGUCAGUCUGCAGAAUGAGCUCAAGGUUGUGUGUAUGUGGAUUCCCCAGGCAGCAGCAGAAGCUUUGGAGGGAACCGUGCAACCGGGUGCUGCUGGACCCUGAGUUCAUGGUGCAGAUGCUGACAGCUAUUUAUCACGCCAUAUACAAUGGAGAGUGGGAGAUGGGGCAGGAAGCUCUGGAGGACAUUCUGUACAGAGCUCAGCUGGAGCUUUACUCCCAGCCGAUCCUGCUGGGGAACGCCAUGAAGAACUCGCUGCCAGAGAGCGCACCCAAUGAGCCACAGGGGCGUAAGGUGCUCCAGGUGGAGGUGACGCCCACCAUCAGCCGCAUCUCAAUCUCAGCUAUCACCACCGCCUCCAUACGACGCCACCGCUGGAAAAGAGAGGAUUGUUUUGACUACUCAACCGAUGCAGACUUGAGCCUCGUCGUCAAUCCUCCUAGCCUCGCCCAGCACCUCCGCAACAACCGCAACACAACCUGGGACCCCGCAGCCAAAGAGGAGCAAGGAGGGCGCCCUCCCAGCCACCACAGCAGCAGCAGCAGCAGCAGCAUCAUUCCCCCCAUCACAUUUGAGGAUGCCGAUGGUAUGAGUGGCGGGGAAGAUUCCUUCAACGUAAACGACCCAGACGAAGGCUUCUCCUCAGGGGCGUCCAACAGCAGCCAGCCCAGCGGCACCAAGCCGAGUGGCGGCGUGGGGACAAGGGGAGGCAGCUUGAACAGCAGCAGCAGCAGCAUCAAAAAAGCCAUCACAGCCCGGCUGACUCGCGACAAAGAGAAAGAGCGGGAAAAGGAGAGGGAGCGAGAGAGGGAGCGAGAGAAGGAGCGAGAGAAGGAGCGGGAGAAGGAGCAGGAGAAGCAGCAGGAGAAGCAGCAGGAGAAGCAGGCAGAUUUGGCCACAGAUCACCAGGCCGUUGUGUGGAGGCACCAUCAGAGGCAGCAGUCGCCUCCAGCCAGCAUCAAGCUGGACGCCAUCCAGCUGAGCCCCAUAAAGAAGCACCUGAGCUUCCCUGCGGGGCCCACACUGGUGCGGACUGGCAGCACCUCCUCCAGCAAGUCGUUUGACUGCAUGAAUUUCAACCUGAACGGAGGCGGUGAGGAGCGAGAGGAGGCGGCUGGUGGCUCCGACAGGGAGGGAGGGCUUCCAGCGGUGGGCUCUCACCGCCACUCCACCAUCAGCCUGAAGGAGGAGCACCUCAUCAGGCCAGAGGAUGCCCAGGACCUCCUCUCCCCUGGGGCACCGCUCACCAAGCAGUCCCGCUCCCCCAGCUUCAACAUGCAGAUCAUAUCACAGGUCUAAUGUGCAGUACAGGGCAUGCUAGACACACACACAUACACACACAUGCACACAUACAUGUGCACACACAAAUACCUGUUGAUAACACACAUCCUAGUGCAGUUUUUCUCUGCACCUCUUGACAGCCCCACUUGGAACAACCUCUGUCUACUUAUCUGUGUUGUAGCGUGUGUGUAUACGUGUCUGUGUGUGUGUUUGUGUGUGUUCGUGUGUGGAGACACAUCUUGAGGUCUCCAAAAGUUGUGUCUCCACCCUUUUAGCAUCCAUUAAACUUACAAUCAUGACCUGCAGUUGUUGCUGGCGGGCUCAGCGUCACUGAAAAUGCAACAAAGAGUAAAGUAGUGACUGAUGAACUGCUCUGACUACAGACUGGAGUGACAGUGACGAAGUGGAGCAUCCCAUGAUGAGAAACGAUGGAGAAAAGCCCCGUAAAGGAUGCAACGCUAGCUGUGGGAGAUAUGAUCUUUCAUUUUUUAUUUUAUUUUUUUAGUUCCUGACUGAAUCAGUCAAAAAUGAGUCAGCAAUAACACUUACCGUCACUCAUGUGGAGGAGAGCAGGGAGGACUGCUCUCUCUCCUCAUUCCUUCCCUUUCAUUCCCGGGCUCACGUGCAAUCAUUCUUACUGAUUAUCUUCCUCGUUAAUUGCUGUGUUUUAAUUCGGCAGAAACAUUUUAUUUAUCAGAUUACUUUACCUUUGUCUUUUUUUUUAAUCACAAUCCAAAGAAGGUAGUUUUUGUUUUACUUCACAUGCCUGACAAUGAUUCGGCAAAAAUCAGUCAGACCAAGAUGAUCUUAAAGUCUUCAGCCCAUACCCAUUUAUUAUUUCAUGUAACAACUUUGAUCUGUAGAAUCCUAAGAUUGUUUUCAAACCAAACUGGAAUGUGGUAAAGGUUUUGUCUUGCCCCAAAGUUUAAACUCGCCAAAUCUGAGGAAAUCACUACUGUGCAGCUACAAGAGAAGCUCUUGAUUUGCAGGUUUGAAGUGGAGUCUCGUGGGAGAACUGGAUGGAGAAAAAAAACGACGUGGACAGUGCAAGUCUGUGUCUGAAGCUUAAAGGCAAUGACUGUAUUUUCUAUUAGAUUGUUCUUGUGGUUCAAACCAUUUAAUAGGUCCUUCCAUCUCUUAAGCACUUGUUGGUGUGUUUCUCUGUCAAUGCUGUCGAUGGCCUGAACCGGCUGGGUUUAGCACCCUCUGGAGGCUUGCUGUAGUCACGACAAUGGUUCUGUGUUGUGUGCUCUGAUUGGAUGCUCAUGAAACAUUCUGUUCUACCUCAUUGUGUGUUCACCUGCCACUCAGACACCUGUCUCCCAAUCAGACGCAGGAUUUAAGAGCCCGUCUGGUUUGAAAACCAGAUCCCCCAAGGUGAUUGGGGGAUUUGAGUGUUGAUCAUUUGAGGAGUCAUGACUGAAUAUCUUGAUAUCUUGUCAUUUUUUAAAAUUCAGUUAGAUUGCAUCAUGCACAAAAAAAAUCAGCUGCGAAACAAGAUCACGACUGUCUUCAGGUUUUUUUCUGUCGUAUAUCAACUAACACUGGGAUUGACCUGAUUAUUUAAAUUCCGGAGAAAUGUCCUCCCCCUCCUUUUUUUAUGUAAUGAUUUCUAAAGUGCAAUUUUUUAAAAUCCUCAUGUGCAUGGAGGUGGAUCAUCUCUGCUGUUUAAAUGCCUGCGUCUGUGCACAGUGCUAGCUCUAGCCUUGUGUAGUGCUACCUUGCCCAGGCUGAGUGAUUUUGAACAUGGCGUGCUUGUCUGCAUGUUGUUGCCCCCUGCAAAGCACUGCUGUUUCAAAUGCACGAAACAGCCAACAAGCCAAACCCCGUAGUCCCAUCCUUGUCUUUGCCAGAUGUGCCAAAACACAUCCUCUCCUGAAGGAACUUAAUUUUGCUUGGGUGUCUUAAGUUACAAUGCCUUUUUUUCUUCUGUUCAUGGUUCUUACUUCAAAGGAAAGGGACGUAAAAAAAGGGACGCUUGGACGCUUGGCUCGACGUGCCCUUAGAUGCAGCUUCACCUUUAUUUUGCCAUGACUUCUCUUUUUACUGUAACACACGUAGUUUCACAAUCAUACUUAGCUGUUCACUUGUAAAAGCAGUAUAUUCUGUGUCUGUGUACUUACUGUGGAUGUCAGUUGUGGUAUUGCAUCUUCCAUGUCUUGCUCAUGUGCUCGUUUAAAUCGAGAAUGAAUGAUACGUGUAUAUAAAAAGUCAGUUCAGUCUGCAGUGAACCCCCCCCCCCCACACACACACUCAUGCUUCCUCACUGUGCUGGAAACACUCACAGCUGCUGCUCCCGGUCCUGAGUGAGUCCCUGUGUGCGCUUUAGCCUUAAGCAUUUCAGGCCAAAGAGCCUCAAUCGUCGACUCUUUGGCUUCUCGUUCUUGUCCUCCAUCCUCUUCUUCCUCCUUUUGCUGGAGUGAACUGUGGAGGAAGAAGAAGAAGAGAGGAGCACAGCUACAGUUCACACUCGCACCCGGCCUGUCUGCUGUCAUCCCUGUGUUGUGUGGCUCUUAUGAAGAGCCGUAAAUCCCAUUUUGCUGUAUUUUUGCUGUGAGCUGAGUGGCACCUUUUUUUUUUUGCUGUUUUUAAAAUCUGGUGUCGUGUUCAAGUCAUUAAUAUGAGUGCCCCUGACCAAGGUUACCAGCAGCCAUGUUGGUACAGUAUGUCAUCUUAGAGUAACGGAUAGACAGAUAUCCCUCGGUGUCUGAUGUUAUUUGCAUGUGAUCAGGGCGGGAAAUGAACGCCAGCUAUAGAUUGUAAUAAAACUUAACUGUGACUCUAUUUUGUCCAGAAAUAAACAAACAGAGAUUCACUUAUUAAAAAAACCCAAAAAGGCCAAUUAAUUGGUAAAAAUGAGUACUUGGUCAGAAGCUGUGGCUGGUGGACAAAGUUCAUUUCCUGUCCUGCAUGUGAUAACUGUGGACUUUGUUUUCUUACAGUAUAAUGCACUUUAAUCCAUCCACCUCUCUCCUCAAGAUAGUUAAUGAAAUGAUAUAUAUAAAUGUGCAAAUGUGUAUACACUCAAUGCAGGGUUUUAGUCUCUUUAAAGUAGUACUUAUGUGAUGUCACAUCCAACACAAUGCUAUUUUUGUUAAAGUCUAAGGGUACAGCUAUUUAUUUUUUCUUUUAAAACCAAAAAAAAAAAAAAGAUACGCGGUCUGGAAGGGUCUCAGGAGUUUAUAAAAAAGCCACAUUUUUUUAAACAUGGCAGCACCAAAAUUUUCAGUUCUUGAAGUCGGAAUUGAUUCUAUGCAACAUUUAUCCCCUUAUUUGAGUUUUUGGUGUACUGGCUUUCAUCGGUUCUUGCUGGGGUGGGGCAGCGCAGAUACAUUUCAGCUGAUUUUUAAGGUGCAAGUCCUCAACAGUGUCGUCGUCCCCCCCCAUUCAGCGAUUCUGUUUCUACACCCUUUGCGGUGCUACAGAGCGAAGGACCACUCUCAUGUAGGUGUACUGAAGAGGAACAUCCAUUCGUCAUCUGACUGCCCUCACAGAGAGUUUAGCCACACUUGGACUUUUGGUGCAUGUUUGAGCCCUUCUGUCAGUUUGCUGCUCGGUGGCUCAAAGACAUCGGUCGGUUUAUGAAAUCUAAACAGAUUAUCAACCAUGAGUCGAAUCUAAACGCUUCGCCGGAAGCUGCUGGACGAUGUGAUAACACUGUACUAUUGAUGUUGUAUAAAUGGAGAGAAAGACUUAUUUUAAAUCUUGUAAAUAAACGAUGUACAAAGGUGAAAGCAAGAUAAAUAUAAGAAACUGUCUGAGAUGUAGAAAGAAAUUAAUCUGUAUAUUGUUGAAUAAAUAUUGUGCCGUAAACAA